UAUGAAUGAAUGAAAAAAAAAAGGCAUGAGGGGCAAGUGUGGAAAUUAAAAGAAACUUCUGCAUCGACCACCUCGUCACUUCUUCUUCCUCUUCCAUUUCCAUUUCUCGGUGUUGUUGUUCUUCAUCCAUGGCUUUCCCUCAGCACCACUUCCAACGGCACUACCAAAGCCAGCAGCAACAACAACAACAACAACAACAACAACAACAGCAGCCACAAACCAAAAACUUCAGAAAUCUGCAAACAAUCGAUGGUCAGAUGUCACAGCAGGUGGCGUUUUACAACCCCACUGAUUUGCAAGAGCAGUCCCAACAUCCACCCUAUAUUCCUCCGUUUCAUGUUGUUGGGUUUGCUCCGGGUCCUGUUCCUCCUGCUGAUGGCAGUGAUGGUGGAGUGGAUUUGCAAUUGCAAUGGAAUUAUGGUUUGGAGCCAGAGAGGAAGAGACUAAAAGAACAGGAUUUUUUGGAGAACAAUUCUCAGAUAUCUUCUGUUGAUUUCCUUCAACCACGAUCAGUGUCGACUGGGUUGGGCUUGUCACUAGACAAUACUCACCUGACAUCCACCGGAGACUCAGCUUUGUUGUCACUCAUCGGUGAUGACAUCAAGUGUGAGUUGCAGCAGCAGGAUGUAGAGAUAGAUAGAUUUCUCAAAGUGCAGGGUGAACGUUUGCGGCAAGCAGUCUUGGAGAAGGUUCAGGCAACACAGCUUCAGAGUGUCUCACUCAUCGAAGACAAAGUCCUUCAGAAACUUCGUGAGAAAGAAGCUGAGGUAGAAAGCAUCAACAAGAGGAACAUGGAACUCGAAGAUCGAAUGGAGCAGUUGACUGUGGAAGCUGGUACAUGGCAACAGCGAGCAAGAUAUAAUGAAAAUAUGAUUUCUGCUCUCAAGUUCAACCUUCAGCAAGCAUAUGUCCAAAGCAGAGAUAGUAAAGAAGGAUGUGGUGACAGUGAGGUCGACGAUACAGCUUCUUGCUGCAAUGGCCGUUCCCUUGAUUUUCAUCUGCUUUCGAGGGAGAAUACCGACAUGAAAGAGAUGAUGACAUGCAAGGCUUGCAGAGUCAAUGAAGUGACCAUGGUUUUGUUACCUUGUAAGCAUCUUUGCCUCUGUAAAGAUUGUGAAAGCAAGCUUAGUUUCUGUCCUCUAUGUCAAUCCUCCAAAUUUAUCGGCAUGGAGGUCUACAUGUAACUGCAAAGUAUACUUCUACACGUGAAAUAAUUUCAUGGUAUUAUUAUGUGUGUUUUUUCUUGUAGCUUGUGUCUCAAGGACCGUGACACCUUGUAACUAGUUUUUAAGAUGUAUUUGACCAUAAUGAAUUUCACUUGCUUGAGAAGAGAGUGAAUUUUGAAAGCAUGUCUAUUAAAACCAUCAUGCAUCGAAGCACGCGGUUGUGACACCA